AUGGCCUCUUCCGAUGUGGAGUUCCGUUGCUUCGUUGGUGGCCUAGCCUGGGUCACUGACGACCAGUCCCUCGAGAGGGCCUUCAGCCAGUUCGGCGAGGUCGUGGAGUCAAAGGUAUGGUGGUCGGAUUACCUUGGGGCUUUUCUAUCAUUUCGUCAGAUCUGGCUGUAUCUGAUGGCGAUCUGUCCCUCGCUGCUCCCCCGCAGGUUAUCAAUGACAGAGAGACCGGGAGAUCGAGGGGCUUCGGCUUCGUCACCUUCAGCGACGAGAAAUCUAUGCGGGACGCCAUCGAGGGGAUGAACGGCCAGAACCUCGACGGGAGGAGUAUCACCGUCAACGAGGCCCAGUCCCGUGGAAGCGGCGGUGGUGGCGGUUUCCGCAGCGGUGGCGGUGGCUACGGCGGCGGCGGCGGCGGCUACGGCGGCGGCGGUGGCGGUGGCGGCUACGGCGGCCAGCGUCGUGAAGGAGGCGGCGGCAGCGGCGGUGGCUACGGGCGCGGUGGAGGCCGCGACCGUUAUGGCGGCGGCGGCGGCGGGGCCGGAUCUGACCGCUAUUCCAAAGGUGGCGGCGGCGGCUCGGACGGGUACUGGAGGCAGUAA